GUACAUUGUUUCUGAUCUAAUUGUCACGCAUUCACUUCUUCCACUUUACUCUCAUGACCGCAGCACUACACAACCGUCCAGAGAGGUCUAGAGAAGAGGAGCCAUCGCUUGGAGGAAAGGGGAAACGACGUGCCGCGGCUGCUGCUGGGUUGGGUGGUAGCGCGGGGAAACGGGCUACACCUGGUCCUGGCAGCAGCGCGGGCGGCAACACGGGCAGCACCCCCGGCGGCAGCGCGGGAGGCAGCAAGGGCGGCGGCAAAGCCGGCAGCGCAGGUGGCAGCGCCGGCGGCAGCGCGGGAGGCAGCGCGGGAGGCAGCAAGGGCGGCAGCAAGGGCGGCAAAGCGAAGCCCGGAUCAGACCACGGCAAGAACAAGCAUACAGUCGGCAAGCGAUGGAAAAUCGUUGAAGGAGCAAGGUUGCGGCAGACUACAAUGUGGGCAAGGCAUACGUCAGCANAGCCGGCAGCGCAGGUGGCAGCGCCGGCGGCAGCGCGGGAGGCAGCGCGGGAGGCAGCAAGGGCGGCAGCAAGGGCGGCAAAGCGAAGCCCGGAUCAGACCACGGCAAGAACAAGCAUACAGUCGGCAAGCGAUGGAAAAUCGUUGAAGGAGCAAGCCGACGUUGUUUUGUUGUGCUACAACCUGUUGCAGCAGACAACCAAGCUCGGGUUGAGCGGUAUCAUGAUCCAGACCCAGGCCACGAAGUUCGCGGCGGAGAUGAACGUGACCAACUUCACCGCGAGCAACGGCUGGCUACAUCGCUUUCUUUCUCGCUACGGCCUCGUGCACAUCAACCUGCACCGGGAAGCUGGUGAAGUGAACAAGGCUGCGGCUGAGAAGGAAAUCGCGCAGAUUCGGGAGCAGCUUGAGGGCUUUGAAGACGAGUUGAUCUUCAAUAUGGACGAGACGGGCCUUUUCCACCGCUGUUUCCCGAGGGGAACGUAUGUCACGAGGUCAGAGGGCGCAGCGGGACUCAACCAGAAGACCGCGCGGGGAUCGAAGGCCAUGAAGGCCAAGGAUCGGUGCACUGUUGUCGCCUGCUGCAACACCACUGGGUCGCUCAAGGUGCCGCUGGCCGUCAUCCACACGGCGAAAGACCCCAUGGUUUUCCGCCACGUCCGCAAGCCAGCUUGCCCCUACUACGCCCGGAAGAGUGCCUGGCUGGACUCUGCACUCUGCCAGCGGUGGUUCGACGAAGUCUUCGUCCCCUUCGUCAAGAAGACGACUGGGAAGAAGGUGGCUCUCUUGUGGGACAACUGCCCAGGCCACCGCAUCAAGAACGACGACCCGCAAAUCCCUAUGAACAUGGGGAUCCUGUUUGCUCUCAAGUGUCAGUACAAGACGGACAUGGUGAUGAGGUUGGCGACCCUCAUCGAGGACUGGGAUACAGCGCGUGCGCGCAAAAUCCGAAGGCAUGUACCGGAUUACUACUG